CCCUGUGACCUCCUGACCCCGUGCGCGUUGUUUUCCUUUGGUUCCACGGCGACGAUUUGGGACAGAAUUUGAGUCGAAAUCGCAAUGAUAUAUCGCUGAAUGCGACCUUGAUCUCCUGUCAUAAUGCCGCAGAAAGCUUUGAAAGUAACUGUAGACUUGACCAUCCAAGCUGUGACCUGCCCAGGGACAGUUCUUCGUGACAGGGAAGAUGUCUACAUCAGCAUCCAUUUCUUCGGUUAUCAGAAGAGAACGCUGUGCUUGCCUCCAAUCUUUCCUCUUCUCUUCCACCAAGUCAUCAGGUUUGAAAAGACUUUUGUCAACUGCAUCGACCCGGCCCACUUGGCCCUCCUUCUGGAAGACGAACGCAUCUUGAUUGAGCUGAUCCAACUCAAUGAGGACUACAGCGCCGACGGGACGGUGCUGGCUCACUUCUACGAGCCGGCUAAGGAGUUCCUGUAUCCACAGCACACGCUGAUGUCGGCUUACGCGGACUCUGAACGGGAGGUGCUGAUGCAGAGAACGCUAUGGUUCAGUGGUAUAGCGCCUAAGCUGGAGUUUUCCUGCAGCACCACGGUGAAGGAUUGCAGCGCGGCCCGUCUGUCCCGCUACAGUGAGCUGUCUGCCCAGCAGUCUACAUCAGACGAAGAUUUCUUGACAGUUACCACGGAGAGGCCAUCCCGAAGAAGAACAAGAACAAAGAGCUACGAAGACACUACCAUUUCCUGGCGAAGCAAGUCUCCAUCACGGAGCUGGAAGCGAGAGAGACUCGGUAACACAUCACUGGAAGACAGGCCCCCAUUCAUCAUCAAACGAGGCAACACCCACAACCGUGCUACCUCCCCCAGCAAGUCCGUUUCCUUCAGCACCUCCCCCUCCAGACCCGUGUCAGCACCUCCGCCAGCUAAUGGACUCACCUCCUCCUCCUCGUCCUCAUCCUCACCAACAGUGAGACGACGAAGCCCACGAAGAAAAGCUUCUUCCGGGAGAUCGUCCAGCUACAUCUCGGAGAAUGAUUGUAGAGUCUGUCGGAUCUUCAAGCGUUACUAUGGCAGGAGAUACUGGGGUCACAGGAAGAACUUCCAUCCUAAUCAUGGUAUCAAGAUCAGGCCCACAAAGGAUUCAGAUACCUUGGUGGAUGAAGCUGAUUUGUGGCUGGAUAGGGUGGCACAGUCUCAGGUCAGCGAUGACACCCGAGAUAUUCUUGACGGCAUGAAUGACCUCAGCCUGACGGGGAGGUCAUUGGAACCGGUGGCUGGUUUAGACGUGUCGUACGGUCGACUGCCGUACUCCCCUCGGCUGUCAAGAUCCAGGUCUCCUUCUAGAUCACCUAGAGCAAGAACGAGAUCUCUGAGCCCCAUCACUCUGUCGCCUCGCAGACGAUCUCGCUCCCCUAGCCCCAUCCUCAAUCGCUCCUCGCUCAAGGACAGAUACGGAGACGUUGAUCUUGACACCUCCAAACUCAUCCACAGACGAGUCCGAAAGGCUUUGGAGCAUAACUUUUCAUCUGAUUCUGACGUAUCUUCAGUGACUUCAGAGGAGGCCCUAGCUGACCUGUCAGCCUCACUGCGCAGUGAGAAUAGAGAAUCCCUACGCCGCUCACUGCUGGAGAAUUCAGAUAGGAGGUACUUGGGCCUCUGAACACAAAACAGAGUAUAUCAGUGCAUAUAGACGAUGGCGACUUCUGGUCCACUCGCAGUUCAGAGUUUACCGGCAAGACCCACCGUCAGCUGUUCGAUGAUACAAUGAGCAAGAUAUAUCGACGUCUGUACAGGAAUAUCAAAGAUUCGGCCUAAGUUUUGUUAUCGUUUGGGCCCCAAAUUGGUCAGCUGUGCAUAAAAUAAGAUGGCGGUUUCUUUAUAUAUUUUUUAUCUGGGAUGAAUGGUUUAGGCCAAAAAAAAAAGUCUCCGGUUUCUGGUAUGGAGCUUGCCCAAAAAGUGGUGCGGCGA